UCUACAUAAAAUAGGUUCAUGAAGUCAGUGACAACAUUGAUUUUAGUAUAAAAGCACAGCUCCCAUUACCACAAACUCUUCAUUCCAAAACCACUCAAUUGAGAAUCCAAAAAUGUCUUCUUCCACCACCUCCAAUAUUAAGUACUUCUCUGUUACUCUAUCCAUGAUCUUAACAUUCUUGAUCUUGCUAUUCAACAAUGUAAACUCAACAACAGAAGAAUUCAUUUCCUUUGACAUCCCCAAAUUUGUCACAGACCAAAAGAAUCUCAUCUUCCAAGGCAGUGCCAAUACAACCUCAACAGGAAAGUUACAACUAACCAAAGCAACAAAAAACUCCAUAGGCAGAGCUCUAUAUUCAGCCCCUAUUCACAUAUGGGAUAGCAAAACAGGAAACACAGCUCACUUUGAAACCUCCUUCACCUUCACCAUAACUGCACCAAGUUCUACUAAUAUUGCAGAUGGUUUUGCAUUCUUCAUUGCACCAAUUGAUACAGAGCCACAAAACAUAGGUCGUGCAGGUUUUCUUGGUGUUUUCAAUAGCCAAACAUAUAACAAAUCAAUUCAAACUGUUGCAGUAGAAAUUGACACUUUCUAUAAUGUUGAUUGGGAUACAAACAGAGAUAGACAUAUUGGAAUUGAUGUAAACUCUAUUAAGUCAAUAAGUACUAAGUCGUUUGUUUUGCAAAAUGGAAAAGUGGGUAAUGUUUUGAUAAGGUUUAAUGCAAACACUAAUGUUUUAAGUGUUAGUUUGGGAUAUCCUGGGAUUAGUGUUUAUAAACUCGAUGGUGUUGUCCCUUUGAAGGAUGUUGUUCCUGAAUGGGUGAGGAUUGGUUUCUCAGCUGCUACUGGUGCUGAAUUUGCUGAACAUGAUAUUCUUUCAUGGUCUUUUCAUUCAAAUUUGGAGAGUAGUAAUGAUCUAACUUUUAAUAACAAAAACAGUGUCAAUCUUUCAAGCAGCUAGCUAGAUCUGUGCAAAACUUACUCUCUUUGAUCUUAAUUAUAAAGUCAGAUUUAUUAAAUAACCGAUGUAUCUGAUAUGAUGUAUCUGAUUAAAAUCAGAUAAAUCAGAAUCAGAAGUGAAUCUUGAUGGUAGGAGGGAGUAUUGAUUAUGUAAGUGUGACCGACCAAUCCAAGAUUCUUGAAAUAAUGGUCGUUUGUUUAUAUCGUGUAGUAGAAUGGUCUCAGUUUGGUUUUUCUUUUUUUGAUUUGUUUGAAAGAAUGGUCUCAGUUUGAUUUUUCUUUUUUGGUUGAAUAAGUUGACAUUCCAGUAUAUCUUGUUAUGUUACUUCACAUGGUAAUACAAUUGGUCUAAUGAAUU